CGGCCGCGGCGGUGAUGUCAUGGGCGCGCGGCCCGCCGGGGCGGGAUGCUUCGCCCGAGCCCCCCGCGCCGCGUUAAAGCAGCGCGGCCAGCGGCGAGCGGCAGCCCGGGCGCGGCGGUGCGGCCCCCAGGAGCUUUCUGGCUGCAGACGCCCGAGCAACGCGGCACCAUGACUCUGGCUGCUUACAAGGAGAAGAUGAAGGAGCUGCCCCUCGUCUCCCUCUUUUGCUCCUGCUUCCUCUCGGACCCCCUGAACAAGCCGGCGUACACGUACGAAGCAGACACGGUGGACCUCACCUGGUGCGUCAUCUCCGACAUGGAAGUCAUCGAGCUCAACAAGCGCACUUCGGGGCAGUCCUUCGAGGUGAUCCUGAAACCCCCCUCCUUCGACGGCAUCCCCGAGUUCAACGCCUCCCUGCCGCGGCGGCGCGACCCUUCCCUGGAGGAGAUCCAGAAGAAGCUGGAGGCGGCCGAGGAGCGGAGGAAGUACCAGGAGGCCGAGCUCCUGAAGCACCUGGCAGAGAAGCGGGAGCACGAGCGGGAGGUCAUCCAGAAGGCCAUCGAGGAGAACAACAACUUCAUCAAAAUGGCCAAAGAGAAGCUGGCGCAGAAGAUGGAGUCCAACAAAGAGAACCGCGAGGCCCAUUUAGCAGCCAUGCUGGAGCGCUUGCAGGAGAAGGACAAACACGCGGAAGAAGUGAGGAAAAACAAGGAGCUAAAAGAAGAGGCUUCCAGGUAAAGAGCCCCAGGCGAUGGCGGAUUGGACUGACAGCUCCGGGGAGGUUGUAGAGGCUGCCUCAGCGCAAGGUCGACCGGUGGAAGGGGACGUUCCUCCGCUUUCGUUGUUUGUGAAUGUAAAGAAUUGACCCGUGAAGCCAUCCUAUUCGUUUGGGGGAGGGUGGGGAGGGAGGCGUCGCGGGAGGAGCCAGGAGGGGGGUGGGUGGGCGCGUGCCUCUUCGGGAUGUCCCUCCGGAGACCUCGCCGGGGUUGUGCCGUCCGCGCCCGACAGAGAGGUGUGAACGCGCCCGCCGAGGGCCGGCAAAGCGGAGGAGGCGGCCGAGGCGGGGGCCGGGGACGGAGUGGGUGGGGAGGGCAGGGGGGCAAUGUGCGUCGUGUGUGACUUUAGUUUGGUGGUCCGUGUCGGGCAGACGGGGCAGCGCUCUCUGCGGCCGCGGGGCGAGCGUGCGUGCGUGCGUGCGUCCCUCGAGCUUCGUCUCCUUCUCCUCUUCCUUCCCACCCCGGUGGGUGUCUGGCCGUUGAUGUUCAGCAGCAUCUCUUGGUGCCCCUCUCCUUUUCUCCUGCCUCUUGCUCCAGGCCUCUUGCCCGGAGCAGGCGUUGGUUGCUCACAGACCUUGCAGCACUGUUUUGGGGAAGGGGUUGGGAAUAAGGUUGUCAGAGAGCGGGAACCACUUGCUCCAAAGGCUUUAUCCGGUUGUAGGAGAUGCUGAGGAUCCUUUUGAAAGGGUGAAGUCAAAAAGCCCCAUGAUUCCCCAAAGAGCUACUUUUUCUAAGAAACCUCCUGAGACAUCUUCCCAGGAACUCUUGGAUGAAAUCCCAUUUUCUGCUCUGGAGCAGCUGAAAAGCUUUCUGCUUUCAGAGCCUCAGAUGAUUAUCUGAAGAGAGAAAUCACCCCCAUGGGGAGCUAGAGCAGGAGAGAAAAACAGAGCAGGGCUAUGGAAACUGUGAUGAAAGGAGUGGGGAAAAGCAAAAGGAGGAGAGCAGCGGAGGGAGCCCAGACUGGAGAGCCGGGAGGUGGUGUGGAGACCAUCCACCAUCCACAGGAAGACAACAUCCAUAGCAAAAGUAGGACUGGGAGCAAGGGAGAGGUGGGAAUGGGGGUCCCUGGGGAUGGUGAUCCCACCUCCUGAUGACUCCAGGCCAGGAGAAUGGCCAGCUUGGGACACCACCAAAUCCCAGUCCCGAGUUGCGAACGGCCCAGGAGGUCCUUGUGGGUCCUGCUGAGCAGACAGCGUGGUCCCAGGGUGAUCUUUGUGUCCAGGGAGGCUGGGGCGAGGAUGAGCAGAGCAGGGAGGUUGCUGUGGGAUCCCCCCAGCCAGGAGAGGGGGAGAGCCUGCUUUCUGCCGGGGCGGUGGAGGAACAGCCCCUCCGCUCCCAGCCGAUAGCAAGCAGUGGUCCCAGUACUGCUGGGCUCCGGCGCACCAUCAGUCUCUAACUCUGAUGUUAACCGAGGUCUCGGUCUUCACUACUGCCAGAUAAGGCUUUUAAAGCACUGAUUUGGCAUGGGCAGGUCUGGAAAAAAAGAGCAUUUCUUGUUCAUUGUGCUGCAAAACGCUCCCCUGGGCCCAGGAGUCCGAGGCGGGGAGCAGCCCCCAGGGCAGGAGGGGCUGCCGGGAAGGGGAGCGCGGAAGAAGGUGAUGGGCGAAGAGCGAGGGGGCUGUUCUAGUUGUGGCACGAGCGGUCCUUUUUUUGUAUACAACAGUUGUAAAUAAACUGCCUUGGCAUUUCUUUCAUUUUCUCAUGA